AUGCAAAAUGCGAUUUGUGGACAAGAGGCGUCCGUCGCGUUCAUCGUUGCCGAUAAUAAUCUCCAACGAGCUUGGAAUGGACCAGGGGAGAUGGGGGAGAUGCCUAGGCCGAUAUCGCAACCAGAUUUUGGAGACCGCAAGUUCGUCUCUUGGGUCGUCUAUCCAUUUGAGUCUCCGAACACUGAACAAACAGGCAACCGUCCAGUUUCACGUGGCUUGCUGAACGAGGCUGCCUGGGACAAAUUACGCGGGUUCGAUGUUUAUACUCCUCCCGUGCUAAAAACCCCCCAUUACCAGGAGAUGAUAGUGCAGCUACUAUCCGGCAACCACUACCUAGGCAUCGCGACAGAAAUUGUGGACGAAUGGAACGCGCCUGCCCACCGAUCCGCCCCCCUCCCGUCUUAUUGUCCCUAUUGUUUCAUUCUGUCCAACCCAGAGAUCUCAACCCCGGAUACCAGACCCCAGACCCCAGACCCCAAACGCCCAUAACCUAGGCCCGAAGUACGUACACGUGUACGGUGUAUGGAGUACGGCUUGCUUCCCCACAGAGACGGAUCACGAUAUCAUCCCGUACCUGAUGGAGUACAAUGCAUGAUUGGUCUCACCGAGGUGAUCAACCAUCCCGUCCAUGCGGCGUCCACUCGACAUGUCAGAAUAUCGUCAAUCUCCAGUCUCCUCCCUCUCCUCCCCCCUCCCCACUCUCCUCUACCCCGCAGAUCUCACAAGCCCUCUUCACAAGCCACCUCACCCCGAUGAUGCCUCAUAGAACCCUCCCCCCUUCCAUCCCGCAUCAUCGUCAUCUACGUGUAUCACAGGCGAAGGACGAUGUCCAGUCGAUUCCAACCGAUGACGCGCAAUCACGCAUACCUAGUCCCCCUCUCCGUCCUCAUCGUAGACCUCCCGACUCUGUUUCCUGGGGCACUGAUCAACUGACAGCCGUGCCGGAAUAAUGAAGUGAGUGCUUGUACGAGUGUCC